UUUUUGCUUCCUGCUUCAGGACCUCCCUUUUUAUGGAAAAACAUGAAAGUAGCAACAAGGACUAAAACCGCUGAAAAGACCAAUUGUUCGCUAAAAACACAAUCCCAUCCCAAGUCUGGCGGUUGACGACUGAUAUUUUGAUGUUUUGUUGAAUUAUGUUAAGUUUUUCAUGUUUGGUUCAGCGUUGAGUUGAGUAGCGGGAACGAAGAAGAUCUGAGGAACAUGUUUCCACUGAAGGCGUGUUGAAGAAGCUGCAAGGGGCCCUGUGAUGAGGUGGCGACUUUUCCAGGGUGUACCCCGCCUUCCGCCCGAAUGCAGCUGAGAUUGGCUCCAGCGACCCCGAGAGGGACAAUGUCCAAAAUGUAUAUGAAAAGGAAGUAAAGGCACUGGGAGGAGCUUGGAUUCCUUUUUAAUCAGGUAGUCCGUGCAAAGGGUCGAUGAGGACCGCAGCAGAAGAAUCACCGAACAGCAGCAGCGCAGGAGGCGGCAAUAGUACCGUCCUGCAACGUCUCCUGCAGGAGCAGAUGAAUCGGAGUUUUGUGAUGCAGCAACAGCAGGUAGGAGCAGGACCUGGAUGUGGAGGGCACGGGCAGGGUGGUCCAUCCGAAGACCAUUCCAUGACCCCCCACAUUGCCCGGCAGGAGCCCCAGGGACAAGAGCUACAGACAGACAGCUUGGAGAAGUUGGGGUCCAGAGUAGUAGGAGGUUGUGGAAGCAACGGAGGGGGAGUUGGUUCAAUAACUGGUGCAGGUGGAAGCAGUGGAUGUGGUUCAACUACCCAGGGUCUGUGCCUAAAUUUGGAGGAACUGCCUACUUACGAGGAAGCAAAGGUUCAGUCACAAUAUUUCCGUGGUCAUGGCCCACCUCCUCAGCUUCAGCAACAGAGCAACCAGUCCCAGCAGGCCUCACUCCCAACCUCAGGGGGAGCUGCCUUCUAUGUCACUGGGGUAACGGAUGCCAAAAUGCGCACAGAAGGUCGGCCCACCGUGCAGCGUGUUAACGGGGCAGUUAAGGUUCUCCAAGAUGAUGGACUGAAGGACCUAAAACAAGGUCACGUUCGAUCUCUAAGCGAACGACUAAUGCAGCUUUCCUUGGCCACGAGUGGUGUUAAGGCACAUGCUCCUGUCAUCAGCUCUUCACUGUCCACCCAGCUGUCCCCUGCAGGGCAGCCAGGUGAUUACUACAAGCCCCAGCAUCGGGGCCCACCUCCAGACUACCCCUUUAAAGGAAUGAACUUACCGACUAUGCAGCAAGAGACUGGAGGUCCUUUUUAUCAGGAACAGUCCAGGGAAGUGCCCCAUGUCCGAUAUCAGCCCCCACCAGAGUAUGGCUCAUUUAGAUCCAGUAAGGAUGGUUCAGGCACGUUCCAGAAAUCCCUUCACCAGCACAGCCCCACCUCUUCUGUCACUUCUGUUGGCUCUUUGUCCCGCGCCCAGUCUUCUACUUUCUGUAGCGUUCCCAGUGUUUCUCACUCCUCUCACCCUUCUUUCCUGCACCAACAUCCACACAGUCAGGGUCAGACCUUGCCCCGAAUGGGGCUUCGCAAUCUACAGGGUUUUGUUUCCCAUCAGGUAGGGGAGCCUUUCACCCCCCUGUCUAUGAACCCAACACCACAAAGAUGUCAUGGUUUCCCCAACAGCCCCUACAGCUCCACACCACGGAGUUACAACAAACAGCAACAAAAUCAUCCAUAUCAACUGCAGCAUUUCCAAGGGCCUCUCCCUCCCCAGGGUCAGCCCUUUGUUCCCCCUGGACAUUUCCCCCAUCUGCAUUCUUACUCAAACCUGCAGGGAGAGUCAUUUGCGAUGAUGACACAAGCUCAACAGAGGGUGGAUGUGCUCACCGAAGAGAACAGAACUCUGAGGCAGGAAAUGGAGGCCUGCCGUGAGAAAGUCAUCAAGCUGCACAAGUUGGAAACAGAAAUACAGCUGGUGUCAGAGGCUUACGAAACCCUCGCCAAGUCUUCUUCCAAGAGGGAGGCCCUGGAGAAAACAAUGAGGAACAAGCUAGAAUUGGAGGUCCGGCGGCUGCACGACUUUAACAGGGAUCUUCGAGAGCGCAUGGAGACAGCCAAUAAGCAGAUGACUGCUAAAGAGUGUGAUGACUCCGAAGAAAACCUGAAGACCAUAUCCCAGCUGCUUGCACAAAAUAAAGAGACGAUAUGUGAGAAGGAAAAAGUAGAAAUGGAACUGAAUGCACUGCGCUCCAUCACAGAGGACCAGAGGAGGCACAUUGAAAUCAGGGACCAGGCUCUUAACAACGCCCAAGCCAAAGUGGUCAAGUUAGAGGAGGAGCUGAAGAAGAAGCAAGUCUAUGUGGAGAAGGUGGAGAGAAUGCAGCAGGCUCUUGCUCAGCUGCAGGCGGCCUGUGAGAAGAGAGAACAACUUGAACAUCGACUUCGUACAAGACUCGAGCGAGAGCUGGAAUCACUACGCAUGCAGCAGCGCCAUGGAGGCACUCAAAACAAUGGUGUGGUCCCGUCAGAGUACAGUGCCACUGCACUAAUGGAGCGCUUAAGGGAGAAGGAAGAGCGCAUCUUGGCUCUGGAGGCUGACAUGACCAAGUGGGAGCAAAAGUACUUGGAGGAGAGCGUCAUGAGGCAGUUCGCCCUGGAGGCGGCGGCUUCUGUCGCUACUCAAAGGGAUACAUCCGUAGCAAUGUUGAGCCACUCUCCCAGCAGCAGCUACGACACGUCAGUGGAGGCUCGCAUUCAAAAAGAAGAAGAAGAGAUUCUAAUGGCGAAUCGGCGCUGUUUGGACAUGGAAAGCAGGAUAAAGAACCUCCAUGCCCAGAUAAUAGAGAAGGAUGCUAUGAUCAAGGUGCUGCACCAACGAUCCAAGAAAGAACUAAUCAAGUUGGAUGUGCCUCCAACAAUGAGGCCCUCUAAGUCUCUGAUGUCCAUUUCUAAUACUGGAUCCGGUAGCUCAGGACUGCUCUAUCAUAGCCUUGGACUUAGUAGCUCACCCAUCACUGAAGAACGCAAAGAUAGCAACUGGAAAGGCAGCUUGGGGGUUCUGCUGAGUCCUGAAUUUCGCACAGACUCUCACAGAACCGAGUCGAUAUCAUCAUCUCCUUCCCCGGUGUUUUCUUCCACGCAAAUGGCAGCAGUCCACUCAAAGACAGGCAGCAGAGAUAGCUGCACGCAGACCGACAAGAAUCCCAGCCAGGACACCAGCAAGCCCGGCACCCCAGCCCUUCAGAGCAUGACGCUACCAAGCAGAUUGUCCAGCCCGAGCCCCAACUACAUUCCUGACCGUGGACUUGACGGUCCAGUAUUUCACUGCAGCACUCUGGAGCGAAGGGUCCCUGCCCCGUCCCACUCACAGCAACACCUCCCAACCACGCCCCCCCAACAGGAAGUGGACAAAGAAAUGAUGGAAAUUCUCAUCUAAACCAAUGAAUUUUAUCCAAAUGAAUGAAUAUGUGGCAGCUUGAUAUGAACACAAUAUAUACAGUAAAGUUCAUGCAUAUGCUGUCAGUUUGCACACGUUCCCUUCAUUCUUCAGUUCGUUAUUGUUGAUAAGAGAAUGCGUUUAAACGCAGCGUUGUGUCAAUCAAAAACAUAAAAAAAACAACUAAGAAAACAUUUGAACUUAAAUGUCCUCUUAUUAGCAAGCACUGAGCUACAAUCUUCUUUUCUCGCAAAGAUUGAAUGACUGCAAUCAAACAAGCUCUUUAAUAAGCGUCUUAAAUCAUUAUCUGGUUAAACCAUGAAUAAUAAUUGUUUACAUUUACAUGAUGUUAUAUAGUAUUUACAUAUUCAGUGUUACAACCCAGUGUAACAGUGUUACAACAGUGUUAUAAAUGUAACAAAAGUUGAGAAUACAAUUGCUCCUUUUUGAAAGGAUUAAUUUUGAAUUUCCAUCCAUAGUAUAUUUUGUGGGUGGUAGAAAAUGCUUUCUUUGCUCUUUUAACACACGGCCAAUGUACGCAUCACGCAUGCUGUGAACACAUUGACCCACCGCAAGGUAAUGUUUUUUCUUGGCGUUAUUGUACAUCACAUAUACGGGGUAACACCAAAAUGUAUAAAACACUUGUUUUAAUGUUGGCCCAACACAAUAUACAGUAUGUAACAAUCAAUACAACAUCAACUCUACAUAGACAAGAACGCUUGAUCAUGUUUAUGCUGUUUUAACAGGAACAUUUUCAAAAAAAUAUUUUAUUUAACGAACUUGAAUACCUUGUCACCAACCAGAAGAAAUGUUGACCCCCACAAACUGUUUGUGUCCAUGAAGCAAACAAAGUAGUCAUGUUCCUUUAAGAAAGUACUCCAAAAACAUUCCUAUGAGGUCAAUUAGAGCUAUAACUCUUAUAAAUGGUAAUCCUUUGCUAAAACUAUACUUUAUUGUCGCACUUGACCAUCCUACAUGUUAAACUGCAUGAAAGUACAUGUAACAACUACUGUAUACAGGGCAUAGAAUACUUGUAUAAUGAAUAUGUACAGAGACUUAAUAUUUUGUAUGCAUUCAUAUUCAGUCUAUGAAGAAAUGUUGAAGUAAAAGAUCAAUCUUGCAACAACUUUGUCUUCUUUGGCUACGUUUUAAUUUGUUUAAGUCUGCGAUUUCUACACUGUUUUGAAGACUAACAUAUUGAAAAAAAAAAAAAAAUUCAGUCGAAGAGCAAAUUGUGUUGCAAAUUUUCCCCAUAAGAAAUAAUGCAAAUCCAAUUAAUCCAUUCCAGACACCUAUGAAUAUACACAACAAAACACAUUUUAGAAUAAAUAUAGCUUUACAUUCAGAAAACAAUGCAAAUGACAGAUGAAAUUAAAUAUUUUUUUUUAACAUCAAAGACUUUCGUACUUUUGCUACAAGCACUUUCUUGAAUUCAAUAUUGUUUCUCACCUUCUAACUGAUACCACUCGAAACUUUUCUUAGCCGAAUGGUGGCUUAUUUUGUAGUUGCACUGGAAAAAAAGCAGAGACCAAGGCACUCAAUUCCGUUGAAUGAUACGCAGGCAAUUGGAUUAGUUUGUUAUGCACAAUAUUUGACUGUAUGAUAACAGUAAUUGUAUAUGAAAACCGGGUCAAAAUUUUGGUAGAAAUUUUUGUCAAAAACUGAAUGUUACGAAAACAUUUUUUUGUAGAAAAAACAAACACCAAAGUCUUGUCAUUUUUAUGGAAUUUUGUGACGUUCAGGUUGAACAGAAUAGUAUUAUUAAUAAUAAUAUAUAAUGUUAAUAUACAUAUAAUAAGGCCGUACGGUGGUGGUUCACAGCGAGAAGGUCCUGGCGUGUGUGGAGUUUGCAUUUUCUCCCCGCUUCCUCCCACCUCCAAAUACAUGCACCUGGGGAUAGGCUGAUUAG